AUGCUAAACGUUGGUGUUAAGCUUUUCGUUCUAUUAUUCUCAAGCGGAUUAGUGCGCACAGGGGAUUCUGAUGACUCAGCUGUGCCACAAUGGCCACCAGGUGCUUAUUGUCUUUUAGCGGCUGAGGGCGGGUGUUUUGAACCAUUCUACACAUCAACAAUUCAACUCGCCGUGCCGAAAGUGAUUCAACCGGGAGAUACCUAUCAUGAUGACGACAAAAAUACGACUGAACGUUUCAUCAAAUAUGGAAAAGUUGGAGAUUCGUUGUUGAAAAUUCACGACUUCGAUCAAGUUUACCGUUUGAAGAUUGUCGCGUGUUGUAAAAAUCAA